AUGAGCAAAAUUCUGUCUCUCCCUCGAGAAAUCGUGGUGGACAUAGUUUCAAGGCUACCCAUCUCGUCCCUACUCCAAAUCAAGCUUGUCUGCAAAUCGUGGCGCCAACUUCUCCAAGACCCUCACCUUCCUUCCCUCCAUUUCUCCCGACUCAAUACCACCAUUUCAUCGGAUCCAUGCCUUAUUCUACACUCCAGGAACUGCGCCCACAACGAGCUCUACUUUUUAGAUAUGUGCUCCUUGGUUAAAGAAGACGAUGGUCAUCCUAACGAGAAUAACUUGAAGAAACUGAUUGUGCCACCGACGAUUUUGAAGUUUGUCGUGUUGGGUUCCUGUCGUGGGAUCCUUUGUUUCGCGAACUUGUCACAGCGCGCAGCGAUUUACCUUUACAAUCCUCUUCUAGCCGAAUUAAAAGAGAUCCCCAAAACUAUUUGCGGCCCAAGCUACAACAUGGGAUUCGGUUUUCACCAGGAGACGAAAGAGUAUAAAUUGGUGACGAUCGUGGCCGUGGUGGACAGAGACUCUCUCCGAUUUAGGACAGCAAGAUCGUCGGGGUCGGCUUUAUCCGUUAUAACCCUAACGGCCCAGAAUGGAACACGGCCCAAUGAGCCCACGAGUUGGAGAAGAUUAGGCUUAGUGCCUUACCACUUCGUCCACCAGGCUCACCAGGUGCUCGUUUCUGGCCGGCUUCACUGGACUGCUUUUCGCAGGACUCGAGGGCCCAACAAGCAUGUGGUGGUGUCGUUUGAUCUCUCCGACGAGGUAGUUCGAGAAGUCCCUAUGCCUUCGAUUUGCUCGUGUGAAAGGAAUUGUCGGUGUAAGUUGGAGUUAAUGGUCGUUGGAGCUCGUCUUGGCAUUGUAGAGUAUGAUGUUGGUGGGGAGAUCAAGAUUUGGGUAAUGAAGGAUUAUGGCGCGGAGGAGUCUUGGGCUAAUGGGAUUUACAUUAACGGGGUCGACAUUAAUCGUGACGGUGAUGAAACAAUUUCGUCGGAUAAUAUUGGUUCAGCGAGGAGAUUGCGCACUUAUUUUCACGAAACCUCGGAUUUUAGGGUUUUGUGGGUGAUGAGAAAUGGAGAGGUCUUGCUGGAGUACAAGAGGAGAGGUUUGAUUUGUUAUGAUCCUGGAAAUAGGACUUGGAGAGAUGUUUUGCCACAGGGAGGAGGAUUGUUUGUUAAUGGGUUCAAUGCAUUUGUUCAUGAUGGUAGGUUUUUCGAGAUUGAUUGUUGA